CGGCCCCAACUGGGGUUCGCGAUGCAUUGUGUGGCCUUCGGGGCCCUCUUUUCCUGGCCUGGUAACUGGCUCUGGGACCUGCGGGUAGGCCUUUGACGCCGAGAGGAUGUGGCUUCCCUGAUCCCAAAGCCGGGCCUUUUCCUGGAGCUGGGAACCGGAUCAUCUAGCCUUACGCGGGGGCACGACCAUGCUAACUGGCUUCAUUGUUUAUAUUUAAAAUCCUUUUAACUGAGGGAUGAACGAACCUCGCAGGCCGUGGGCAUCCGCAGGGACAGAUGCACUCUGUGUAUCCUUAAAACAAGUGCAGUUGAGUGUCCACUGACAAUUGAAUGUCCCUAAAGAGCUUAGAGCCGUCAUAGCAGGGCCCUCCUCAAUGUAUUCAAUUCGAGAACAUUAAUUUUGCUCUCUGAUUUGCAAGGAUUGGUGUUGUCAUCUUUUUCCUUGACUUUGCCCACAUUCCAGGGUUUCUUAACAAAUGCCUUUGAUGAAUUCAUUCUGGGCAGAGCUGGAAUGUCUAUCUUUAGGCAUUCUUGUCUGCACAGAAAAAUAGUCAAUAAAAGAAUUCCAAUCAGAAGAAUAUCUUCAGAUCAUUACAGAAGAAGAGGCAUUGAAAAUAAAGGAGAAUGAUAGAUCACUUUAUAUCUGUGACCCUUUUAGUGGCAUUGUCUUUAAUCACCUCAAAAAGCUUGGCUGCAGAAUCGUUGGUCCUCAAGUAGUCAUAUUUUGUAUGCACCACCAGCGAUGUGUCCCAAGAGCCGAACAUCCAGUUUAUAAUAUGGUUAUGUCUGAUGUAACAAUAUCUUGUACAAGUCUGGAAAAAGAAGAAAGGGAAGAAGUUCAUAGAUAUGUACACAUGAUGGGCGGACGAGUAUACAGAGACCUUAACAUAUCAGUAACUCACCUUAUUGCAGGAGAAGUUGGUAGCAAAAAAUAUUUAGUUGCUGCAAACCUGAAGAAACCUAUUUUGCUUCCCUCUUGGAUAAAAACACUUUGGGAGAAGUCACAAGAGAAAAAAAUAAGUAGAUAUACUGAUAUAAACAUGGAAGAUUUCAAGUGUCCUAUUUUUCUUGGUUGCAUAAUCUGUGUGACUGGUUUAAGUGGCUUAGACCGGAAGGAAGUUCAGCAACUCACAGUUAAGCAUGGAGGUCAAUACAUGGGACAAUUGAAAAUGAAUGAAUGUACACACCUCAUUGUGCAAGAACCAAAAGGUCAGAAAUAUGAAUGUGCCAAGAGAUGGAAUGUACACUGUGUGACCACGCAGUGGUUUUUUGACAGUGUUGAAAAAGGUUUUUGUCAGGAUGAAUCCAUGUACAAGACAGAACCAAGACCAGAAGCAAAGACUAUGCCCAAUUCUUCAACUCCUACUGGCCAGAUCAACACAAUUGAUAGUCGUACUCUUUCAGAUGUCAGCAAUAUUUCCAACAUAAAUGCAAGUUGCAUAAGUGAGUCGAUAUGUAAUUCACUUAACAGCAAACUGGAGGCUACCCUUGAAAAUCUGGAAAAUCUGGAUGUGAGUGCAUUUCACGCACCUGAAGAUUUAUUAGAUGGUUGUCGGAUAUAUCUUUGCGGUUUUAGUGGCAGAAAGCUAGAUAAACUGAGAAGACUUAUUAACAGUGGAGGUGGAGUUCGUUUUAACCAGCUUAAUGAAGAUGUAACUCAUGUUAUUGUGGGAGAUUAUGAUGAUGAAUUGAAGCAGUUUUGGAAUAAAUCGGCGCACAGGCCUCAUGUAGUGGGAGCAAAGUGGUUGCUAGAGUGUUUCAGUAAAGGUUAUAUGCUUUCUGAAGAACCAUAUAUCCGUGCUAAUUACCAGCCAGUGGAAAUUCCAGUUUCAGAUCCGCCUGAAAUUAAAGCAGCUGUUUUAAAAAAGAAGAACAGCAGCUUCUCUAAGAAAGACUUUACUCCUAGUGAAAAGCAUGAGCAAGCUGAUGAAGAUCUGCUCUCUCAAUAUGAAAAUGAUAGCUCUACAGUAGUUGAGGGUAAGAAGUCUGAGGCUGAGAAGUUUGAAGUUAGACCCUUUAAUGAUUCUACUCAUGUUGAGCCCUUGAAUGAUUCUACUCACAUUUUGCAAGAAGAAAACCAGUCUUCUGUCAGUCAUUGCUUCCCUGAUGAUUCUACGGUUACUGAAGAAGGCUUAUUUAGCCGAAAGAGUUUCCUCGUUUUGGGUUUUAGUACUGAAAAUGAAUUUAACAUUGCAAACAUCAUAAAAGAAAAUGCUGGGAAAAUCAUGUCCCUUCCAAGCAGAACUGUUGCUGACUAUGCUGUGGUUCCCCUGCUGGGGUGUAAGGUAGAAGCCACCGUGGGAGAAGUUGUUACAAAUACGUGGCUGGUUACUUGCAUAGACUAUCAGACUUUGUUUGAUCCAGAGUCGAAUCCUCUCUUCACACCAGUCACAGUAAUGACAGGAAUGACUCCUUUAGAGGAUUGUGUUAUAUCAUUUAGCCAGUGUGCUGGAGCAGAAAAAGAGUCUUUAAUGUUCCUAGCAAACCUCCUUGGAGCAAGUGUUCAAGAAUACUUUGUUCGCAAAUCCAAUGCAAAGAAAGGCAUGCUUGCCAGUACUCAUCUUAUAUUAAAAGAACCUGGUGGCUCUAAAUAUGAAGCGGCAAAGAAGUGGAAUUUACCUGCAGUUACUAUAGCUUGGCUGUUGGAGACUGCUAGAACGGGAAAGAGAGCAGAUGAAAGCCAUUUUCUGAUUGAAAAUUCAUCUAAAGAAGAACGAACUUUGGAAACAGAAAUAGCAAAUGGAAUCAAUCUAAAUCCAGAUACUGCAGAGCAUCCUGGCACACACUUGCAAACUCAUAGAAAAACCAUCGUUACACCUUUAGAUAUGAACCGCUUUCAGAGUAAAGCUUUUUGUGCUGUGGUCUCACAACAUGCCAGACAGGUUUCAGCCUCCCCAGCAGUAGGACAACCACUUCAGAAGGAGCCCUCAUUACACCUGGAUACACCAUCAAAGUUUCUGUCCAAGGACAAACUCUUCAAGCCUUCCUUUGAUGUGAAGGAUGCACUUGAAGCCUUGCAAACUCCAGGAUGUCCUAGCCAACAGAAAAGGAAACUGAGUACACCGCUCUCAGAAGUCAUUGUCAGAAACUUGAAACUUGCUUUGGCAAAUAGCUCUCAUGAUGCUGUGGCUCUUUCUGCCAGCCCCCAAUUGAAAGAUGCCCAGUCAGAGAAGGAAGAAGCCCCAAAGCCACUCCACAAAGUAGUGGUAUGUGUUAGUAAAAAACUCAGUAAGAAGCAGAGUGAACUAAAUGGGAUUGCAGCCUCUCUAGGAGCAGAUUACAGAGUCUUGCUGUGUUGCCUGGACUGGAAUACAGUGUCUGUUCACAGGUGGAGUUUUGAUGAAACAGUGACUCAUUUCAUCUAUCAAGGGCGGCCAAAUGACACAAAUCGGGAGUAUAAAUCUGUGAAAGAAAGAGGAGUACAUAUUGUUUCAGAGCACUGGCUUUUAGAUUGUGCCCAAGAGAAUAAACAUCUUCCUGAAUCUCUUUAUCCACAUACUUAUAAUCCCAAAAUGAGCUUGGAUAUCAGUGCUGUGCAAGAUGGCCGACUCUGUAAUAAUCGAUUACUCUCAGCUGUGUCUGCAACAAAGGAUGAUGAGCCAGAUCAUUUGAUUUUAGAAGAAAAUAAUGUAGACAAUGUGGCGACCAAUAAUAAAGAAUCAGCAUCAUCAAAUGAAAAUGGAAGGAAUUACUCUAAAGGAGUUCUGACACAGACCUUAGAGAUGAGAGAGAACUUUCAGAAGCAGUUACAGGAGAUAAUGUCUGCAACAUCAAUAGUGAAACACCAAGGGCAGAGGACUUCCCUUUCAAGAAGUGGCUGUAACAGCGCAUCUUCAACCCCUGACAGCACUCGCUCUGCUCGCAGUGGACGAAGUAGAGUCCUAGAGGCACUGAGGCAGUCUCGUCAAACAGUACCUGAUGUCAACACAGAGCCCUCCCAAAAUGAACAGAUCAUUUGGGAUGACCCUACAGCAAGGGAGGAGAGAGCAAGGCUCGCCAGCAAUUUGCAGUGGCCUAGUUGUCCCACACAAUACUCUGAGCUUCAGGUUGACAUUCAAAACUUGGAGGAUUCUCCUUUUCAAAAGCCUUUACAUGAUUCAGAAAUUGCUAAACAGGCUGUCUGUGAUCCUGGAAACGUACGUGUGACAGAAGCCCCCAAACACCUGAUCGAUGAAGAACUGGAAACUCCCAUAAAAGACAGCCACCUGAUUCCUACGCCUCAAGCUCCCAGUAUUGCCUUUCCACUCGCCAACCCCCCUGUGGCUCCACACCCUAGAGAAAAGAUUAUAACAAUAGAGGAGACUCAUGAAGAAUUGAAAAAACAGUACAUAUUUCAGUUAUCAUCUCUGAAUCCUCAAGAACGUAUUGACUAUUGUCAUCUGAUUGAAAAACUAGGUGGAUUGGUGAUAGAAAAGCAGUGCUUUGAUCCCAGCUGUACACACAUUGUUGUGGGACAUCCACUUCGAAAUGAGAAGUAUUUAGGCUCUGUGGCAGCUGGGAAGUGGGUGCUUCAUCGCUCCUACCUUGAAGCAUGCAGGACUGCUGGACACUUCGUGCCGGAAGAAGACUAUGAAUGGGGAAGCAGUUCCAUACUUGAUGUUUUGACUGGAAUCAAUGUACAGCAACGAAAACUAGCACUUGCAGCAAUGAGAUGGAGAAAAAAAAUCCAGCAAAGACAAGAAUCUGGCAUUGUUGAGGGAGCAUUUAGUGGGUGGAAGGUUAUUUUACAUGUGGAUCAGUCUCGAGAAGCUGGCUUCAAACGCCUUCUUCAGUCAGGAGGAGCAAAGGUGCUACCUGGUCAUUCUGUGUCUUUAUUUAAAGAGGCCACACAUCUUUUUUCUGACUUGAAUAAACUGAAACCAGAUGACUCGGGAGUUAAUAUAACAGAAGCUGCUGCCCAGAAUGUGUACUGCUUGAGAACAGAAUACAUUGCUGAUUAUCUUAUGCAGGAAUCACCUCCUCAUAUAGAAAAUUACUGUCUUCCAGAAGCUAUUUCAUUUCUUCAGAAAAAUAAGGAACUUGGGCCUGGCUUAUCACAAAAGAGGAAAGCUUCUACAGAGAAAAAUAAUAUCAAAAGACCGAGAGUACACUAAUCACAUCUACUCUUCAGUUACCAAACAUUGGGGAAAAAAAAAACUAGUUACCAAACAUUAAAUGCUUUUAAAAGUUGAAAGCGACUGUGAUGGAUUUGGGUAGUUAUUUAAAGAUGAGUACCUGAAGAAUUUUGCUUCAGAGUAUAAUGAUGACCCUUCCUGAGUUUUGAACACCUGAAAUUUUAAUCACUGAAAUAUUAACUGUUUCUUAAUUAAAAGUUACCUGAAAUAACAACAAAAUACAACUCCUCAGCUAGCUUGCUGUUAAACCACAUUGAAGUAUGUUAAAAGAUGUUUAUUUUGGCCAGGCACGGUGGCUCACGCCUAUAAUCCCAGCACUUUGGGAGGCUGAGGCGGGUGGAUCACGAGGUCAAGAGAUUGAGACCAUCCUGGUCAACAAGGUGAAACCCCGUCUCUACUAAAAAUACAAAAAUUAGCUGGGCAUGGUGGUGCACGCCUGUAGUCCCAGCUACUCGGGAGGCUGAGGCCGGAGAAUUGUUUGAACCCAGAAGGCGGAGGUUGCAGUGAGCUGAGAUCGGGCCAUGCACUCCAGCCUGGGUAACAAGAGCGAAACUUCGUCUCCAAAAAAAAAAAGAUGUUUAUUUUUCUUGUAAGUAUCUGAAGCUGUAGCUUAGUGGAAAUUUUAGUAAGGUGGUGGAUUUUGCUUUAAAAUGUCUGCCUUAAUUCAUAACAAGAUUUGUCAAUCAGGAUUUAUUCAUGUUUUCCCUGAUUUUUAUCUUCUCACCAUUUUACCUCUUUUAACAGGAGCCUGAGCACAAAGUUUAAUGAGGAAGCUGGGGCUAUAAAUAUGUGUAUAUAUGUAUAUGUAUGUUUGUACAAAUCUACAUGAUGUUUGCCAAGUUUCGGUGCCAAAACUUGGAAAAUGUGAUAAUAAAGAAUAAAAGUAGUGACUCAAAUUA